CAGUGGGCGGGUGUCUCGCUGAGCCCGGAAGGCAGUAGGAGGGUGAGAUCCCGGCAUGUGGGUGCGGGAACCGGGCGGGCGCGGCGGUGGAAGCUAGCUGCAGACUGCACGCCGGAAUCGGGAGCCGGUGGCCGUGCGCCGGGCAGACUGUUGCUAACCAUGGCAUCUGGAGAUGACAGUCCUAUCUUUGAAGACGAUGAAAGCCCUCUUUAUAGCCUGGAAAAAAUGACAGAUCUUGUAGCUGUUUGGGAUGUUGCAUUAAGUGAUGGAAUCCACAAGAUUGAAUUUGAACAUGGGACCACAUCAGGAAAACGAGUUGUAUACGUGGAUGGGAAGGAAGAGAUAAGAAAAGAGUGGAUGUUCAAAUUGGUGGGGAAAGAAACCUUCUAUGUUGGAGCUGCAAAGACCAAAGCCACCAUAAACAUAGAUGCUGUCAGUGGCUUUGCGUAUGAGUACACUCUGGAAAUCGAUGGGAAAAGCCUCAAGAAGUACCUGGAGAACAGAUCAAAGACCACCAACACCUGGGUACUGAAGCUGGAUGGCGAGGACUUGAGAGUUGUUUUGGAAAAAGAUACUAUGGAUGUGUGGUGCAAUGGGCAAAAACUGGAGACAGCAGGCGAGUUUGUAGAUGAUGGAACUGAAACACACUUCAGUGUUGGGAGCCAUGACUGUUACAUAAAGGCCGUCAGCAGUGGGAAGAGGAGAGAAGGGAUCAUCCACACCCUCAUUGUGGAUAAUAGGGAGAUCCCAGAGAGCCUUCAGUGACUGCUCGUUAAUGAGUUCUGAGCUGAAGAGGAGACAUCAGGACUUGCUAAUGGCUGCGGUAAUUAAAUGUGUUCACUCUGUACAUACUGGUAGAUUGUCUGCAAUGUUUUUACUUUUAUCUUUUGUUACUUGAAACUGUAAUAUUCCAAUGGUCAGGAAAAUGUGGAAUCAUAAAAAUUUAUUUUUUAACUAAUGUGUUUCUAAUUCAAAUGGAAAAUAAAAUAUGGACCAAAACCACUAACCUCUCACCACAGUAACCUUGACUAUAGUAAACACUGUAAAAUAAACUGGUGCUGCUGGCUGUGUC